AGGAAGAAGUUAUGCUGGAAAACGCCUUGAACACAUAUAGUUCACACGAUUAGGUUUGAGGCAGUUCCGGCACAAGCACAAUAAAUAGAGGGGUGACAGCCCCAACCUCCAUCAGCACCCAGCAGUAAGCUAAGACAGGAUCUUCUGAAACCAUGCUGCACAUCAGACUCAGCACCGCUCUGCUGCUGGCAACAUCAUGUGUGCUCUGGACAGCAGUUUCCAUGGAGAUGGUUACCACCUGUGACAACGGCGACUAUGUCCAGCGCCUCAGCUGUGACGUUGGGGUGAUCGCAGUGCAGACAGCGCUGUAUGGACGUGAAGAUAAGGUGACCUGCAGUGCGGGCAAACCUCCACAACAGCUUGCCAACACAGAAUGCGCUCAAGAGGGCACAGUAGAUGCCCUCAAGACGAGGUGUAACGGCAAGAAGGUGUGCGAGAUAAACACUAAUUUUGUCCGUACCUCUGAUCCCUGCAAUGGAAUCUUCAAAUAUCUGCAGACCAAAUACACCUGCUUCCCAGCAAAUCAUGUCGUCGCAUGUGAGGGCUCUUCAGCACAUUUGUACUGUGAUAAAGGACAAGUAAUAACUGUGUAUGGAGCUGACUAUGGACGUCGUGACCAGACAACCUGCUCUUACAAACGACCUGAAGCUCAAAUUUUAAACGUCGACUGCUCCAACCCCACUAACAUUGUUGCUACAAGAUGUAAUGGGAAAAACAGCUGUACUGUCGAAGCAUCAAACUCGGUGUUUACAGAUCCCUGUGGCGGCACCUACAAGUACCUGGAGGUGGCUUACGUGUGUGAUUCUAAGACAGGAUCUUCUGAAACCAUGCUGCACAUCAGACUCAGCACCGCUCUGCUGCUGGCAACAUCAUGUGUGCUCUGGACAGCAGUUUCCAUGGAGAUGGUUACCACCUGUGACGACGACGACAAUGUCCAGCGCCUCAGCUGUGACGUUGGGGUGAUCUCAGUGCAGACAGCACUGUAUGGACGUGCAGAUGAGGUGACCUGCAGUGAGGGCAAACCUCCACAACAGCUUGCCAACACAGAAUGCGCUCAAGAGGGCACAGUAGAUGCCCUCAAGACGAGGUGUAACGGCAAGAAGGUGUGCGAGAUAAACACUAAUUUUGUCCGUACCUCUGAUCCCUGUGAUGGAAUCUUCAAAUAUCUGCAGACCAAAUACACCUGCUUCCCAGCAAAUCAUGUCGUCGCAUGUGAGGGCUCUACAGCACAUUUGUACUGUGAUAAAGGACAAGUAAUAACUGUGUAUGGAGCUGACUAUGGACGUCGUGACCAGACAACCUGCUCUUACAAACGACCUGAAUCUAAAAUUUUAAACGUCGACUGCUCCAACCCCACUAACAUUGUUGCUACAAGAUGUGACGGGAAAAACAACUGUACUGUCGAAGCAUCAAACUCGGUGUUUACAGAACCCUGUGGCGGCACCUACAAGUACCUGGAGGUGGCUUACGUGUGUGAUUAUCCUAUGUGAUUCUGAAGUCUUGUCACAACAAACAAACCUACAGUGAACAAAA